AAUUUUUACCUAAACAAGUAUGGCGGAAGGAGGACCUUCGAAAUCUAAGCCUCUGAUGAAUUUCGGUAAUAAGUUUGGCAGAGCUGUUGAAAGGUUGAAAGAGAAAGUUGGAAUCAGCGAAAAGACUACUGAUGUUGAAUUUCAGCACUAUGAGGGACUCUUUAAAAUUCAAGAAAAAAACGCCCACAAAUUGGAAAAAGUUUUGAAGCAUUAUUUAAAUGAAACUAAGCAAUAUGAGAGAGUAACAAAAGAAGUGGCAGAAGAAAUAAAUAAAAUAUGGGAGGAAGAAUGGAAUGAAAAAAUAAUGAUUGAUCAGUGGACAAGACAAGUAAGCUCAACAUUUGAAAAUUAUUCAACACAUUUGGAAAAAGACACUUACGAAAAUUAUCUAAGCUAUACUAAAGAAUUUCCGGUUUUGCAAAAACAAAUAAAAAGAAGAGAAACAAGAAGGGUAGACUAUGCAAGACGAAAGAAAGAAUGGGAUACGCUUGAUCAGAAGGCGACCUCUGUUAAGGAAGAAAAAUUGGACAAAGCGAGGCAUGAAUUAAAAUUCGCUGAAAGAGAGUUCAAUGAGUGCCAUGACAAUCUUUUAAAAAAGUUGCCAAAAUUUCAUGAUGAAAGGGUGGAGGUGAUGUCGGAAACAUUUAAAUCGCUAGCGUCAAAUAAUAUUCAGUUUUUUGAGGAAAUGGCAAAAUUAUUUGACAAUUUAGGCGACGCAUCGGACAGAUUGAAGUCAUCAGGAACUCAGAGCAGUCACUCUUUCAAACCAUUUGAACAAAAAUCUUUCGAAAUUGAAAAGCCUAACGGGUUUAUUGAAGACAGACCUGCUAAACAAGAGAAGAAAGAUGAGAAAAAGUUCAAACGACCUGGAUUGGAACAGGUACUCCAGAUGGAAAUUCCGAAAGCAAGUUGUUAUGCAGAAAAAUCCCCUGAUUAUGAAGAAGCUCCAACGGGACUUAAAAAGAGCGAAGAGAACUCUAAUGUUGUGUUUGCACCGCCAUCUAUGAAAUUAAAUGAUGAAGUGGACAUUGUGCGAAAGGAUCUAGACACUGAACCUCUUGAUAAAGUUAUUCCCGAAUUGCCAAAGGAUACUGAACAAAAGGAAAAAGAACAGGUAAAAGACAAGAUAAAAGCUGAAAAAAGAGAGGAAAAAAAGGAAAAUGCAAAAGAAAAGCAGAAUGAACCAAAAAAUCUUCUAUAUAAGGUAAAAGUCAGUCAUCAAUAUGAAGCUGAAGAUAAUGAUGAAUUACAGCUUAAUGUUGGCGAUGUAAUAUUCGUAGUUCCAUUUGAUGAUCCAGAUGAAGCUGAUGAGGGAUGGAGAAUGGAUGCUCCUACUAUCCCUUACAAAAAUAAACAGAAAAUCAUGAGAGAUAGUGGUAAGAAGUGGAAAAGAAGCAUUACAUCUGCAGACGAAAGCAUGGAAAGUUUCACAGCAAAAUAUAGGGCAAAAUUUGACAAGGUUUUUGAUGAAAUGGAUCGAGAGUUCGAAGCUCUCUAUAUGGAAAAUGUUCAAUUUAGAGAGAAACUACAUGAGUACGAACAUGGACCUUUCGAAAAGGUUUCGGAGGAUCUUGCUGAUUCCACGACAAAGACAUCUGUGAAGAAAAGAAGCCAAAUUUCUGAAAAGCUAAGACUUACAUACAAAACUUCGACUUCUAAACUUGUAUCAAGUUUGAAAGGAGGUGGUCCUGUGGUUGGAGCUCCACAAGCAACUGCUCCUCCAACCGCUGGAUUUGUCAGAGAGUAUGACGGUCACAGAGAUGGAAUUUGGGAUGUAUGCACAGUAAAUAAUACUUACAUUGUAAGUGCUUGCGCGGAUCAUCUAGCACGAGUUUAUAAUACUGUCAACGGAAACCGCAUUGGAAUAUGUCGAGGUCACGAGGGAUCUGUAAAUUCCGUUCGAUGUAAUUCAAACGGAAUUUGCGUAACUUCUUCUGGUGAUCACUCAAUAAGAUUAUGGAAGCUACCUAAUCUGUUUGAUGACGAAGAUAGCGAGAAAGAUUAUGAAUGUGAGUGUAUUUUUGACAAAGUUCUGCAUUCCGAUGCUGUUGUCAGUUCUGACUGGGUGGCAGAUGGAAAGAGUAUAGUAACUGGAUCCUGGGACAGAACUGCUUGCCUUCUUAAUGCCGAUAGAGGAGAAAUUGUUCAAACAUUAACCGGACAUGAUGCCGAGCUAACUCAGGUAUCAGCAAGUAUUGAUGGUCAAUAUCUUAUUCUGACAGCAAGUGAAGAUACAACUUUUCGUCUAUGGGAUCUGAGAGAUUCUAGUCGACUUCAAGUUCACGUUUUCGGAACUCAUAAUCGAAGUGUUACCAGUGCCAUAUGGGUCAAUAGUGACAGAGUUGUAAGCGCAAGCGAUGACAGAACAUGCCGAGUUUGGGACAUACGUAACAUGAGAAGUCCAACUACGAAAAUUCAAACAGACUCUGGCAUAAAUAGAUUGGCAGUGCAUCACCAGAAAAAUGUCAUAGCUAUACCUCAUGACAAUAAACAAGUUAGAAUUUUUGAUUUACAUGGUAAUCGACUUGCCAGACUUCCUCGAAGAAGUGCCCAUACUCGAAUGGUUUGUGCAGCUGCUUGGAUUGAUCAACCGCAAAUAAAUCUGGUGACUGCUGGAUUUGAUAAAAGGUUAAUUGGUUGGAAGUUACCUGUAUUGAGUGUUGAUGAAAAAUCUUCUUGA